UUGUUCAGAAGUGAGAUUUCCGCUUUCUCAACGUGAAUCAACGUGAUUCAAUUGCUGACAGCUAAUCAACAUAAACAUUUGGCUUAUUUGCAAAAUUUAAGUUAUAAACGAUUAUGUCGAAAGUUAGACAAAGAUCCACUGAGCAUAAACGUGAAGCGGAAAAUAAGCAGCCACCUGCUGAGCCAAAGACUUCAGAUGACGAUGAAGAGGAGGAAGAGGUUCCAUUGUUUAACCCAAAUGCCUCAAAAGAGCUCCCACAGGCAUCAGACCAAACAACUGAGGCUAUAGACACAGCACUAAAAGAUCUCACACCCAGAUGGCGAAACUGGAUUAUUCGUGGGCUAUUCACAUGGGUGAUGAUUCUAUCUUUUGCUUUCAUAAUAUGGCUGGGGCCUCUAGCACUGGUGACUAUGAUUAUGCUUUUGCAAAUUAGUGGAUUCCAUGAAAUCAUUAAUAUUGGCUAUGUGGUAUACAAGUCAUACGAUCUUCCCUUGUUUCGGUCAUUGAGCUGGUACUUCCUCUUUGCGUCAAAUUAUUUCUUCUACGGAGAGAGCCUCAUUGACCAUUUUGGAGUUCUGUUACACAGGACUGAAUUCAUGCGUCCAUUUGUGGACUACCACCGUGUCAUCUCCUUUACCCUGUAUGUUGCUGGCUUUGUAAGCUUCGUGUUCAGUCUUAGGAAGAAGCACUACCUCAAACAGUUCACCAUGUUUGGCUGGACCCAUGUGACACUGCUGUUGGUGGUGACGCAGUCUCAUCUGAUCAUGCAGAACAUCUUUGAAGGACUCAUUUGGUUCCUUGUUCCCGUGUCUAUGAUCAUCUGUAAUGAUAUCAUGGCGUACAUGUUUGGGUUCUUCUUUGGGAAGACGCCUCUAAUAAAGCUGUCCCCCAAGAAGACAUGGGAGGGCUUCAUAGGAGGUGCUGCCUCAACCAUCCUGUUUGGAAUUGGGAUAUCUUGGGUGCUGAUACAGUUUGACCAGAUGGUUUGCCCCAUACAAUAUGAUGAUGACAAGGGGCAGAUAAGUAUGGAGUGUGAGCGACACCCUGUGUUCCAGUUGGAUGAAUAUGCCGUCCCUGAGACUGUACAGAUCUUGUCAAAACUGUUUACUUCAAGAGACCCCAUUUCUUUUCAGGUUGGCCGCCCCUGGGAGACUGUUAUGAUGUAUCCAUUCAUGCUUCAUUCCAUCAUCCUUGCCAUAUUUGCAUCUGUUAUUGGUCCCUUCGGGGGCUUCUUUGCAAGCGGCUUUAAGAGAGCCUUUAAAAUCAAGGACUUUGGUGACACGAUUCCCGGUCAUGGGGGCAUCAUGGACAGGUUUGAUUGUCAGUUCCUGAUGGCCACCUUUGUUCAUGUCUACUUUACCAGCUUCAUCAAGCUUCCAAAUCCAACAAAAAUCAUCCAGAGUGUGCUGGUGAUGAGUGUAGACCAGCAGAGGUUGAUCUUUAACAAGCUCCAAGAGAAACUGAUUGCCAGAGGUGUCAUUCAGGCCUAACCAGUGGCAACAGAUUUGUAAGGAUUUGUCUAUUGAAACCAUUAUAAUGUUCAACGCUCUGCCAGUGACGAAUUAUAAAUGCAGAAACCCUCUUCUGACUGCAACAACAUGGUAAAGAUUCAGACACCAUGUUCACACAUGAGCCAGUGGUUUUCCAGAAACUGUAUUGUUUGUUUUAUGUAUUUAUUGGAAUCCAUAUGCGUCUUGUGUUCUCUAAUAUAUAUGUAUUGUGGACUGUAUAUAAAAUAAAUGUCUUACACUAAGGAUAAGCAUUUUUAGCCAUAGAGUGUGUGAUAACUAUUUUAAAGAAUGGUCCUUUUUGUCUCAAUAUAUUCAAAUGUAGAUUUUUAUUUAUGUCUUUUACUUAAACAUUCUAUUGUUAAUAUUUUUUGUUAAGGAUAUAUUGCUUGUAUGCCUUCUCCAAUGAAAGUUACAAUGCUUUGAAAUAUUUGACUAAAAUAAGAUAUAAAUUGAAAAUAAACUACUUUAGAAAAGUGUCUUUAUAAUGGACUUAGACAAGACACAUGCAAUUUCUUAUUUAUCAAAUUAAAACUAAUAAAAAUAGAAUUAUGAAUAAUACAUGUAUAGAAAAACAACUCAAAAGGUGUGAAAACUGUGUGUUUUACUAGGCUAUUUUAUAGUAUGUUUAUUAGCAAUGCUGUUUUCGGAGAAAACCCGAGGUAUUGUCAUAGCCUGCUCGUCGUCCAAGGUCUGCAGGCAUCGUGCUAAAACCUUUACAUUGGCUCUAAAAUCUAAGUGCUUCCACCUACAACUUUGAAACUUCAUAUGUAGAUGCACCUUGUUGAGUUCUACACGCCACACCCAUUUUGGGUCACUAGGGCAAAGGUCAAGGUCACUGUGACCUCUUUAAAAAAAAAAAAAAAAAAAAUCUGACAAGCUUUCGCAGCCGAGCGUGGCACCCGUUAUGCGGUGCUCUUGUUUUUGUCUUAUUGUUGAAUCUGUUAUAAGUCAUUUGAUCUUAUAUCCCGGUCUUGAAAGGAAGCACAGAGCAUGAGAUUGUUCAGCAAUUAUUAACAUAAAUACCUUGUUUGUUUUUUAAUAAAGCCUGGUUUAAUAAAAAUACAUUGAAAUAUUGAUGAUUAAAAUGAAGCAUCAAGGUGACCAGGGUAUUUAAAUAAAAAUGAAAGAGGUAAAGAUAGCCAUGCAAAUAAACUGAAUUUGCGACACUUAAUCCUUUAACUUGAUGUAAGAAAUGUUUAUAAUAACACACUGUUUUAUCAAACUUUAUUUUACCUUUAAUAUACAUGGUUAAAAAAAUAUUUACAUUAAGUCCUAUAUAUUCAUGAAAAACAAUAAAUAUUUUUAUCAGCAAAACAUUUUUAACAACAAAUGAAAAUGUUAAUUUGGAUUAAUGGUUAUGACAAUAAUAUUGGUAUUAUCUAUGUGCUUUUUAAUUGUGAUGCUUAUAAACAGGGUGUUUUGAUUUUUAAGUUUUUACAUAUUAUUAAUGCUCUUUAAAAAUACUGUAAAUGAACCAUGGUGAUACUUCUGUUUUGUUAUCAGGAUAAUGUAUUCUUAGUUGACACUUUAAAGCCACAUAAAUACUCAAAAGCAACAAAUAUGUCGUAAAAUAUUCGUAAAAUAAUGUUCACCUUUAAAAAAUGAGUGUUCCAUAUAGCAAUAGCCAAAAUUUCAACGCUAGAUGUGGUAUAGUAACAUAGAUUUAACAAGAUACAAAAUGCUCGUUUUUUUAUAUUUUUUGUGUCACAAUAUAUUCCAUCUGAAUUUCCAGCGAUGAUAUCCAAACAUUUACGAAAAAACGCGAGAUCUGCUUUGGGCAGCUCAUGAGAACUACAUCGUUCACUCAUAAAUGUUCGGAUAUCUUCAUGGGAAAUUCACAUCGAAUAUAUUGUCACACAAAAUGUUACAAACAAGCAUAUUGUAUCUCUUUAAAUCUGUGUUACCAGACCACAUCUAGCGUUUAAAUUUUGGCUAACGAUAUAAGGGACACUGCUUUUUUGUUUAACUUUAUUGUACGAAAUAUUCGUUGAUUUUGAGUAUUAUUGUAGACACAUUAACUAAAAUGUAUAAAAAAUCAGAUGAAUUGAUCAUGUUGACGUUGUACACUUAUGUUUUGUGGUCAAGCUAGAAUAGAAAUAAUUAUUUCAAUACCAUUUUGUCUUAGUUUUUUAACAGCAGUUUGUAGAUGAACCUAAUACGAUUCCAUGGCAUAACACUGUAAAUCUUUGUUCAUUUGCUACGAUUUUUUUUGGUAAGUGAGAAUUGUUUAUUAAAGUUUGUAUUAGUUCUAAUACAUUUUUAUACAUAUCUAAUAUAUUUGAAAGUAUUUCCAAACUCCAAAUGGCAGGUUCCCCCAAAAUCCAAUGUAGGUAGUUUUUUUAUUGAUUUUUUUCCGAGAGAACUUCAACUUCUUAUAUCAACCAUACUUAAUCUAGUUAUCUAACAUUUUAUGCAACUAUAUGUUGAACUGAAAUUAUAUAGUGUCGAUACAAUUAGAAAAACUAUUUUUCGUACAAAAAAGAUGUACAAACAUACAUGUAUUUCUCUUAAGUUAUUAAAACCUUGUUAGCCAUUAAGAAAUAUUUGUAAAGAAAGUUGGACAGAUGUGAUUGACUGGUACUGAUGAUUUCGUGUUUGGAGGCAAUUUGUAAGGAGUUUGUUGGGGCCAAGUGUUGUGAUCACGGACAAUAUUGUAUACAAAUAAUAUAUACAUGUGCUGUUGCAUUUUAUCAUGAGGAACACAAAUAAGCAAAUAAAUGUCAUUUACAGUUGUAUAGACUAAACCAUAUAACCUAAAAAGUUCUUUGAUCCUCAAAAUGAAAAUCUAGAUAGAUUUUUUACAUGAAUUUGAGUGAAAUAUAUUUGUAGUAUCUAAAGUAGAUAGAACUUUUUGUGUUAAAUUGUGAAAGUAAGGUGUUAUUCAUGAAUCAUAGGGAGUUGUGGAUAUAGUUUAAGAAGCUCAAUCAAAAAUGGUUGUUUUGUGUCUCAUUGUUCAAGAUUCAUUAAAUCGUAUUUAACAUUGUUUUGCUAACAUCAAACGUCUUGAACAAAAUAUUUCAUUUAAAUGGAAUACCUUUGUGAAACAUUUGUACAAUG